CUGCUGAACCCGCCAGCCCACACGCAUGAAACGAGUGGAAGGGCGGCACGGCUCGCGAGCCGCGUUGGCUUCCAUCUUUUGCUUCAUCAGCAUUCUCUGUCCAGCACUGCCACCAGCACAUCUCCUUUGCGACCAAGCAACCGGCAUUCCAAGUCGCAAAUAUCUGGCUGUCCCCACUACGAUCCUCAAGUCCACCGAAAUUUGCUUGUAUCUCGAUCCGCUGCCGAAAUCCUUAUCCGCUUUCCUCCAAAGCCUUUCGCCAGCAGCCAGCAGAGCUUCCUAUCACCCUGUCUCUUCCUUGCACAUCUGCGUGGCACUGGACCGACGCUUGCGAUGGAAAAUGAAAUGGUGACCCGUCUCCGGAGCUUCCUUCAGCGACAAGUCCGGGUUGUCAUCACGGACGGACGGCGAUUCGUGGGUUGCUUCGUGUGCAUCGACAAGGCCAAGAACAUCAUCCUGAGAGGAGCCCAGGAGUUCAAAAAUGAUGAUAUCCGAUACGUGGGACUCAUCAUGAUCCCGGGCAAGCAUGUUGUAAAGAUCGAGCUGAGGCACGAGCCUCCGAAAGAUGAAGCCUUUCAGGAGGACCUGCUGGAAUACAUAUGAAGCUUGGCGCCGAUCCUCUCCAGGGCACCGCUUCGGCCGCCUCAGCUUGUGCCGCCGUUGCUGCCGUUGCUGCCGUUGCUGGCCGGUCGAUCAGCGGUAUUGGCAGCCCAGAGCCAAAUCCAACAACCCGGGAG